UCUUGUGCCAGCGAGUCAACGUCAUUCGACAGCAUGGCGACUCCCAGGAAUGGAAAGCGUGCUGGAAAUGAAGACGAUGGGUUUUGUCGGAAACCUAAACCCAAACAUCUUCGUACCUUGCAUGAAAGAAUGUCAGAAAGGAGACUUGUAGUAGUCCUGGAAGGCGCCUCACUCGAAACAGUUAAAGUUGGGAAAACAUUUGAACUACUAAAUUGCGAUAAACAUAAAAACAUAAUUCUGAAAAGUGGUAGAGACCUAGGUUCUGUACGACCUGACAUUACUCAUCAGUCAUUGCUGAUGUUGAUGGACAGUCCCUUGAACAGAGCUGGCUUGCUUCAAGUUUACAUCCACACCCAGCAAAAUAUUCUAAUAGAGAUCAAUCCACAGACACGCAUUCCCCGGACCUUUGAUCGUUUUUGUGGAUUGAUGGUUCAGUUGCUCCACAAACUUAGUGUUCGUGCCUCAGAUGGACCUGACAAGUUGCUGAAAGUUAUCAAGAACCCAAUUUUAGAUCACCUUCCUGUGGGAAGUAUGAAGAUUGGUACUUCAUUUAGUUCUCAAAGUUCGCCUGUCAAUCCUCGUGAUCUUGUACCCGAGUCGGAGCCAUGUGUCAUUGUGAUUGGAGCUUUUGCUCAUGGCUCAAUCAAUGUUGAUUAUACAGAGAAGAUGGUUUCAAUUAGCAACUAUCCCCUAUCUGCUGCCCUCACCUGUGCAAAAGUGUGUACUGCAUUUGAGGAAGUAUGGGGUGUUGUUUGAAACAAUAGGACCAACUACUCUUUCUGGUUUUGUCUUUUUUUUCCUGUUUUAAAUAAAGGACUGAUUUACUG